AUGUCACGUCUAUGUCAAGAGAGCAUCAUGAAGUUAAAUGGGAAAAAAAUGUUAGACGAUGAGAUUAUGAAUUUUUAUAUAGAUGUUCUUAAAAGGCGAUAUCCUUCCACCCGGAUUGCCAUUUUUUCGACCUUUUUUUUCGAGAAAAUUCGACGAGCAUUUUUAGAUAAUGUAGAUAAAGAAAAGGAAUAUUUAUCAUGUGAACGUUGGCUUAAAAAAGCAGGGGUCGACUUCACUCAACUUGAAUUCAUAUUUGUCCCCGUCAACUUUUCACGACAUUGGACCCUUGUCCUCUUCUGUCUUCAAAGUACUCGAAUUGCUCAAACGCACUUCCGCCCGUCACACCUCCGCGAAACUCUUGACGCGAUGAACUCCGAAUUUUUACGACUCUCCGUCUUACCCAAAGAGACGUAUUACGACACCGUUUAUGAUUUAGUUAAUCGAGCAAAAGAGGUCAGAAACUCUUUAGAACAUCGAGAAAGUAACCCACAACUCCUUUUUGAGAUCUCCGCUCCUUGUGCCUUCACAUUAGACUCAUUACCUAUCACUCAUACUAUUCCACAAGAUGCAGUGCUUCUAGCUUCAGACUAUAUUGUCUGGCAAUACAAACGUUUCGGGAUUAAUUACAAUCGUUCAGACUUUUUAAUUAAUGAAGUCGUCACUCCCAAACAGCGCAGUAGUUGGGAGUGUGGCGUCUUCGUUCUCUUCUUCAUUCGAAUCUUCGUUCAGUUUCAUCCAAAGACUUUGCCAGAGUACAUCGCACUCCUUCAGAAGUUUCAAGCGUCUGAAGAGAAGGAAUUAGUGAAACAAGCGGCUGGUCUUUGA